UUUAAUAUCAGAUUAAUAUUUUUUAUAUGGACAAGUAUAUGCAUAUAUAUAUAGUAUUCCUUACCAUACAACACAAAUAAUACAGAAAAAUAUAUUAUUAUGUUUAAUGUGCUUAUAACGAUCAUAUAUUUACAUACGAGUGUAUUUUACGUCCAUCUUCUGAUUAACGUAGUGAUACAAAAAUUGUUGAGACUUGAGGAAAAAUUAAAACCAAUAUCAUAAAAAAUGUUAGAAAUAACUUGCAAUGAUCGAUUAGGAAAAAAGGUUAGAGUGAAAUGUAAUCCAGAUGAUACUAUCGGUGAUUUGAAGAAACUAAUAGCAGCUCAAACUGGAACACAUUGGGAAAAAAUUGUAUUAAAAAAAUGGUACACUAUCUUCAAAGACCAUAUUAAACUGCAGGACUAUGAAAUACAUGAUGGCAUGAAUUUAGAGUUAUAUUAUCAAUAG